AUGCCUCAGGACCUCCCUCCGACCGGAGGCUACGAGGCCGUCCAGUACAAACGCAACAUCCCAACCCGUGGCCUCCGCCCAGUCUGGUACCUCGCCAUCAUGGGCGGCUUCAUGUCCUACGGCUGGUACCAUCUUUUUCACGGCCAGCGCGAGAAGAUCGAGUACGGCCGCGAAAAGGCCUGGGCGCGCAUACAUUUGACACCAGUGCUACAAGCAGAAGAGGACCGGGAUCAGGUCAGACGGUACUAUGCGGAUCAAAAGCGGGAGAGGGAGUUGUUGGGUGGGAAUACCAAGGUUUACAACUCGGAUCGAAACACCGUCCGCAUCUCGAUUCAUUCAGAAGUAUCACACGCAUACAAUCAUGCGUCUCAACCCUUCGCCGUCGUCGCUGGCGUCGGCCCCGGAACAGGAGCCUCUGUCGCCCGUAGAUUCGCCAAGGAAUACCCCGUAGUCCUCCUCGCUCGCAACGAGAAGAACUUCAAAGACCUCGCAGAACAGAUCAACAAGGACGGCGGCAAGGCAAUCGGCAUCAGCGCGGAUGUCUCCAACCAAGACAGCCUCAAGAAAGCUUUCACCGAGAUCGAGAAACAACUGGGCAGUCAAUGUGCCGCUGCGGUAUUCAAUGCUGCAGGCGGUUUUGUCCGCAAGCCAUUCCUGGAGGUGACGCAGGAGGAGUUUGCUUCAGGGUGGGAGGUCAGCCAGAAGGGCGGCUUUCUGUUCUCGCAGCAGGCCCUCCCCUUUCUACUGAACCACGCAAAGGACGCCUCGGCAAAACAUCCGCCGACACUCAUCUUCACUGGCGCGACCGCAGGAGUCAAAGCGAAUGCGAAGAUGGCUACCUUUGCUUCUUCGAACUUUGCCAAAAGGGCUCUUGCAAUCUCUCUCGCAAAGGAGUUCGGCCCGGAAGGUGUCCAUGUCUCAUGGGCGAACAUCGAUGGCCCGAUCGAUAUCCCAGGACGUACUGAUUACCGUAUGCAUUUGGCUACAGAGGCGAAGAUCGACCCAGAGGAUAUCGCGGAGACCUACUGGAGUCUACACAAGCAGAGUAAGCGUAGUUUCACGUUUGAGGUUGAUAUCAGGACGAGUAUCGAGAAGUGGUAG